CCUAAAUGAUGCGCCCCAACCUACGCUCCUUCCAAUUUACUCAAUCAACCUACUCUGCACAUAUAUAUUAUUAUGCUUCACGGUAAGAGAGAGAAAGGCCAGCUUCAGUGGAAGAGAGAGAAAGGCCAGCUUAUGUAGAGAGAGAGAGAGAGAGAUUUACUCAAAUGGAAAGAACCAGUUCACCCAUUAGAUUACAACAAAUAAUUAGUUAGAGAGAGAAACCAAUUUAGUCAAUGGAAAGAUCCAGUUCACCCAUCCAUUUGAUUAGAGCAGAUAAUUAGUUAGAGAGAGAGAGUGUGUGUUACCUUGCCUCUCAAAAUACUGGGUUGGGGUAGUAGCCAUGUUGUCCCAAAACAAGACCAUAUUCACCCUUCUCCUUCUCCUCUUCUUCACUCUCUCCGCUCUCUCUCUUCUCCGCCUCCUCCGCAUUUCGUCAAUCCGCCCGUCUCGAACCCACCUCACCGCACCCGUUCAAACCCACAUCGGACCACUUCUAACCCACCAAAGCAAACCCACUCAAACCCACCCUGAACCCACUGGUGAGCGUUGUUGUAUCAAGCUCGCACCUGCGCUAGCCCAAAGCCUAGCCCACUUCGCCACCGCCCCAACCCCUCGUCACGUCUCUCCGAAAGAGCUAGCAUUAAUCUCUCGCCUAUUUUCCACCCCAAAAAGAGUCCUUAUUUUCGGCCAUACCCCUCUGUCGCCCUUUUUCCAAUCCCUGAACCACAUGGGCAAAACCCUCUUCAUCGAACCCAAUCAAACCCUAAUUGAGGAGACCCAUCGAGCCCAUCCGAAGCUAGUGCUCCGCAAAUCGAGCCAUUGGGCUCGGAGAGAUCAAGCCUUUGAGCUCUUGAAACGAGCCAGAGCCGAGCCCAGUUGUGGGCCCCGUGGCCCGAGCCGUGCGUGCCCACUGGCAAUGGGUGGGCUCGGUAACGAGGUAAGAAAGCGAGAUUGGGAUCUUGUGGUGGUGGACGAUCCACGUGGCGAAUCAUCAAUGGCUGCGAUUUAUGAGGCUGGGGUGAUUGCGAGGAAGGGUAGGGUAGGGAAAUGGACGGAUGUGAUUGUGUGUGGGGUUGAUCGGAGGGUGGAGAUGUGGUAUUCCAGGGAGUUCUUGUGUGAGGAGAAUUUGGUGGGAUCCAAGGGGAACACGUGGCAUUUUAGAAUUCGCUCGUCGGGGUCGCACACGUUUUGCUCUGCCGAGAGGCAUUAAAUUGAGUAAGAGUUGGCAGAAUUUUCCUUUUUUUUCUUCUUUUUUUUUUUUCUUUUUUUUUUUUAAAAAAAAUCUUUUUUGAAUGUAAAGA